AUGAGACGGGCAGGGGAGGAACGCGGUUCCCUCCCUAAACAGAGUUCGUCCGGUGCCCAUGCCGCACCGGGUUUCAUGGUUUUUAUAGGUAAUCUCCCCUUUGAUUGCUCUAGGGUUGAUAUUAAUAGGAUCUUUGGGAGAUAUGGCAAAGUGCAAAGCAUCUCCAUACCAACAUUCCCUGGAACCGUUAAACCCAGGGGAUUUGUGUUUGUCUCCUUCCUCUAUGAAGACAAAGCUAGGGUAGCCAUUGGAGUCUUGAAUGGGAAGCGUAUUGAUGGGAGGGUGGUUACUGUCCAAGCUACGAUCUCCAAGUCAAGAAGACAGCAGAACCCCAACCUCCAACCGGUUCACUUCAACACCUACCAAAACCCAAAUGCAUACAGCUCUGUGCUGAAAAGCACCCCUCCCUCCAGACCCCCACAACAGCCUCAUAAAGAUAGUGAACUAGAUACGGUGAUCACAGAUGAAGCUACGGUAGCGUUCCGGAGACGGAACUUGGAUCCACCUACCCAUCCCAAUUACCCAUCCCAACCCCCUCCCAAGGAUCCACCCCUUAAUAAACUCAACACCAAAAAUUGGGUUCUAACAGCCUUCCACCAAAACAGGGGAGAAAAUCCUGACCACCCUUCAACUGUUCGACUUAAUGCCCCGCAGACAGUUCCAGGUCCUACCCUGUCAGCUAAUCCAGAAUCAGGAUCCUCUCAAGGAUCAGUGAUCCCAACCACGGCUGAUCCCCUGGCGAUUGCAUGGCCUUCAAGAAAUACGGAGAUCAUCAGACAGCCGGACCCGCCCCUACAUCAUACCCAUGUUCAGUUAUCUGAGGAGACUUGUAGUCUGCAACGUGAGUUUGCCUCCCCUCCCCUAACGGGUGCGGUCCCUCUUGACACUGGCCAAAUUCAUAUUGACCUUUCCCCGUACUUCAACAACAGCUCCUACCUCAAUCCCCACCAACCAUCUGAAAACACCCCUCCAAAUGUAACAGAUGACCAGUCAGACCAUAAUUCCGGAACAGACAGCCUCCUGAGUGACCAAGAGGAGUCAGUUGAUCACCCAGAUUCUGAGGCGGGUAGGGAAUUGGAAGAAGAAACUGCAGAUUUCUCAGAUGAAAGGCCUUUGAACAGCUACCUAAAAUCCUGA